GAAAUAUGCUGAAGCGUAGAUAUUUGGUUCGUGUCGGGUUUGGGUGAGGAAAACACCAAAAAGACGCGAGGAGGAGCUGAAGCCGGGCCUGUGCUCAUGUGACCGGUGGCGGCUAAGGGCUGGGGCUGCCCAGAAAUAGCCGCGACUGCUUUCCCUCCGUUCCGUGGAAUCGGGCACUGUGAGAGGGAGCCCAGGGGGUUGGCUCCUCCGGAGGAUGCGAAGCCGUUACGCCCCAAGCAGAUGAUGGCGAUACGAGAGCUGAAAGUGUGUCUGCUUGGAGAUACUGGCGUGGGCAAGUCAAGUAUAGUUUGCCGAUUUGUUCAGGAUCAUUUUGACCACAAUAUUAGUCCUACUAUUGGUGCUUCUUUCAUGACUAAAACUGUGCCUUGUGGGAAUGAGCUUCAUAAGUUUCUGAUCUGGGAUACUGCAGGACAAGAACGGUUUCACUCAUUGGCACCAAUGUACUAUCGUGGGUCAGCAGCAGCUGUUAUUGUAUAUGAUAUCACCAAACAGGAUUCAUUUCACACACUGAAGAAAUGGGUGAAAGAACUAAAAGAACAUGGUCCUGAAAAUAUUGUAAUGGCCAUUGCUGGAAACAAAUGUGAUCUUGCUGAUAUUAGGGAAGUCCCCAUGAAAGAUGCCAAAGAAUAUGCGGAGUCUAUAGGCGCAAUUGUCGUUGAGACCAGUGCAAAAAAUGCAAUUAACAUUGAAGAACUCUUUCAAGGAAUCAGUCGAAAGAUCCCUCCCUUGGAAACUCAUGAAAAUGGCAAUAGUGGAACAAUCAAACUUGGGAAGCAGACUGCACAGACGACUAGGCGGUGCUGUUAAACCAACCUGAUCAGGUUUGAUUUACUUGAAAAUAA